GUCGCGGUUACUAAGUAAGGGGUGGAGAAGGUAGUGGCAGGCGCCACGGUGGAGCGGCUCCGAGAUUCCCGGGAGGCUCGGAGGCGCUCAUCCCGCCCGACCGGGACGUCGCCCCCGCGGACAUCUCGGAGGCGGAAGCGACGCCGGAGGCAGGUGCGGCUGGAAACUUAGUUUGCGUGAGGGGUUAGAGUCUCCGCCGCUCCACAUGUAGUGUUUCCCAAGGAUGGGGUAGGAGCUCGUCCUUAUCCUUUUUUAGCCUUGUUACUGCCCUUACUGGUUUUCUGGUGACUGUCAUCUUAGCUGUGACUGUCAUCUUAUUUUCGUGAUAAAGAGAACUCACAGUCACUGAGUGCCUGUUGCCUACCAGUCGCUGUUUUAAGUGCCUAUAUAUCCAUCCUCUUUUAGUCCCCUGACGAAACAGUUAGAUGAGGAAACUUAGGAAAUUAACCAAAGCCAGAUAACAUGUAUCAGAACCUAGUUUAGCAGCCAGGUGUUUGUGUCAUCGAACCCGUGCCAUGCUCCCUUUGUUACCACCAGGGGUCCUUGGACUCUAAUCAAUAGGAAUUGAUAAGAGGCCAGGCAAGGAAUUCAGGCAAGAUUUUAUUGGGACUCCACUUGCAGCAGGCUUCCCUGAUAGCUCUGUUGGUAAAGAAUCCGCCCGAGUUGCAGGAGACCCCUGUUCGAUUCCUGGGUCGGGAAUAUCCCCUGGAGAAGGGAAAGGCUACCCACUCCAGUAUUCUGGCCUGGAGAAUUCCACGGACUGUGUAGUCCAUGGGGUCGCAGAGAGUCGGACACGACUGAGCUACUUUCACUUUCCUCUUGGAGCAGCAGAGAGCAAAGCAAGAGACAGGUGAAGAAACAGGGGAAGAAACAGAAUAAAAAAGAAGUCAAGAGGUCUCUUCCAAGAUCAAAGAUCAAGGUCAUGGCCUCCGCAGGACUCUACAAGCUGGAUGAUGGGAAGCCUCACCUGAGCAACUGCUUUCCAGCCAAAAGCCUGCUUCGGAUGCCAGAGGAAGGCCGAGGACACUGGCUAGUGGCUCGGAAAGGUAGCCUCAAGAAGAAGCCCAAGAAUGUGGCUGAGACAACAGCUGAAGGUCAGAAAGGCCAGAAGGUUUCUUUUGAGGUUGGAGGGAAGAAAGGGUCUCGACAGGAAAACCGGUCGGACGCUCCUGGACAGGCGCUGGACCUGGCUUUUCUGCUGAAGCACCACUGUGUGAAGGAUCCAUCAGACCUCUGCAACAUUAACGUGAGCGGCCUGAAGUUCUCCAAGGCUAAGGAAAAGGAUUUCAAGCAUUUUAAUUCAGUGAUUUACAUCAAUGCCUCAGAAAACCUGCUUCCUCUAGAGGCAUUUCACACGUUUCCAGUCUUAAAGGAACUGGAGCUCGCAUUUAACGGCAUCAAAACAGUCUACGUGAAAUACGGAGACUUUAAGUCCUUGGAAUUCCUGGACCUUUCCUUCAACAGCCUGACGGCGGAGGCCAUCUGUGACCUGGGGAUUCUGCCACACCUCCGUGUCCUGCUCCUCACAGGCAAUGGCCUCACCUCUCUGCCACCCAGUUUGGCUGUUGCAGAGCAGGAGGCGUCUGUCACGUCGCUGACCACCAAGAGGUACAUCCUGAGGUUCCCAGCGCUGGAGACACUGAUGCUGGAUGACAACAAACUCUCCAACCCCAACUGUUUUGUCAGCCUGGCCGGGCUCAAGAGACUGAAGAAGUUAAGCCUGGACCAAAACAAGAUUUUCCGGAUCCCGUACCUACAGCAGGUUCAGCUCCGAGAUGGGUCUGGAGAUUGGGUUGGAGGCAGGGGGAGUCCCCGGAAACAGCCCCAAUCCAUGCUGCAGCCCAAGUCAUGGAUAUAUGAGGCCUCAGAUGACCAGCCGGAUUAUACUAUACUGCCCAUGAAAAAGGAUGUUGACCGGACAGAGGUCGUGUUCUCAUCUUAUCCUGGAUUUUCAACCUCAGAGACGACCAAGGUAUGUGCACUUCCGCCCAUAUUCGAGAUUCUUCCUGUGAAGUCACUGAAGGCAAGGAACCAGACGCUGGCCCCACCCUUCCCAGAGCUGAGAUACCUUAGCCUGGCCUACAACAAGAUUGCAAAGGAAGAUGCCAUCCUACCGGUAGCUCUCUUCCCAUCCCUCUGUGAGCUCAUCUUUCACAACAACCCUCUGGUGACCCACACACGAGGGGUCCCACCACUGCUAAAAAGCUUCCUCCAGGAGCGGCUGGGAAUCCGCUUAAUUCGAAGGAAGAUCGUAAAGGCUAAGCAUCAUAUAUUGAUGCCUCGGAAGGACUCUCGGAAGGUCAAAACUCAAGUUCCCAAGGUGCCAAAGCAGCCUAUGAUUCUCCCUCACCCAUCCAUGAUGACCAAGUCUUCCUCAAAGGAAAUGCUGGAGUCAGAGGCAGAGCUGACUAAGGAACCGUCUGCCACCAAAACCAUUUCUGUGGAGCGAGAGAUGCCUAUCGAGGGCCUGGGGGGCCCUCCCAUGCCCCACCGGACCUUUGUGCCACUGCCGCCCAUUUGCUCCAACUCCACUGUGCAUAGUGAGGAGACAUCCCACCGGAGCGAUGCUGCUGGCCGCCUCAGCCCAGACCACCUGUCAGAUGAGGACAGCAAGAGCACAGAGUCCGUCUUCUUGACCCAGGUCAGUGGGUUAUCUUCCUCCAUCUUCCGGAGGGAUGAUUCAGAGACAAAGGAGAAAGAACAAAGACCACCAUCCACAGCACCCGGAGAGGCAAAGAGGACUCAGAAGAAGCCCCCAUCUGCCUCUUUCCCCAGGAAGUACCAUGGCUAUGAGGAGCUGCUGACAGCCAAGCCUGACCCCACCUUCGUUGAGCCAAAAGGAAUCCAGAAGAAUGCACAGGCCUUGCAGCACAUGUUGAAACACCCGCUUGUAUACCGCUCCAGCAAGCCCAGGCUGGAUACUCUGCAGAAACACUAUGUUCCCAAGGAGAAGCGGACCCGGAGGAUCCCUGUUCCGCCCCAACGGAAGACUCGAGCCCAGCUGCUGGAUGACAUCCUCAUUCGCAUGCGGGCCACCCAGAACAUUACAGAGGCGCCACUAGGAGCCGUCCUGCGCCAGCGGACAGAGCAGCGGCUGGUGAACCAGAAACAGUUCCUGGAGGCCAAAAAGCUGCUGAAGGAGUUCCGUGCACGCUACCGGCGGCUGGUGCGCUGCUCACUGCGGUCAGUGUUUGGGACCACAGCACCGCCCCAGGCCCGCCCGGCACUGAGCGGGAGCCAGCCUCAGUUGGGCCGCUUCCUCGAAUUCAUGGAUGAAUUCUACCAGGAGCCCACAGCCAGUGACUUGAAAGGCUAGGGCUGUGCACAGGGCCAUGGGUGCCAACUAGCCUGUGCCCUGCACCCUUCACAAGGGUGCCACACCCUUGACCGCUCCUUGGGACAGGUUCAGGUCUCAAAGCUCUGCUCAGCCUUGCUUGCUGGCCACAGAGAGUGGGGAGCUGGUCAGGACCUCCCCUUCCUGGGCCAAGCAGGAAUCAGCACCUUGUCCAACAGCAAUAAAGAGUGAGUGCAUAGAGCAAGGUAGCCCUCAUUCGUUUCUGGAGCCUGGGCCAGGUUGUUCUAUUGUGGGAAAGAAACCCCAGCUGAUACACAUCCUUAAGAGUCCCAUGGGAGACCUGCCCAAGUCACACAGGUGAUAACAGUGUAAUCCCACAGAGCUGGGGUAAGCACUAAGACACAAAAUGGUUGACGAAACAGAAAAGCAGCACAGAAUCUUAAGGCUCAGAGAGGUUAACUUGCCCACAGCCAAGUGUGUGUGUGUGUGAGAGGCGGGGGACAGGUCCAAUAGUGUGUGUCUGUGUUGGGAGCAGGGCUCAGGUGCAAAACUGAGGUCUCUAGGACCUUGAAAUCCUUGAGGCUCUCUCUGUUGGGUAGCCUCUUCCACUGUGAUGGCAAAUGGAAGGGAGAAGAGGAUUGGGGAUUUCCUUGUUAGAUGGAUAUCACCACAAAGUUGGGACAAGUUGAGGGAAGGGCUUACAUGGAGUUUCCCAAGGUCUUCUAAUCCAGGAUAUAAACCAAAGUCCCAUGUGCAAGUACAGGGGGACAUGACUCUAAAACUGGAUUGUGGACUGUGGAGUGUGCAGGGUCAGCCUGGA